UCUUUUUUUCUCCCUUUCUCUUUUUCUUUCCUAGGGACCUUGGUUGAAGCUCUGCCAUAGCCAUAGCCAUAACCCAAAAGCUCUCUUUCUCUCUCUCUCUCUCUAUGUGAGGAAGAGUAAGCCCGAGUGAGUGUGAGACCGAUCUUGGUGCCGAACAAGGAGUCAUUGCCUUUCACCAUUUGGACCAAGCCAACCCACUCCAUUUCCCACUUCUUUCUCCUCCCUCUCUCUCUCUCUCUCUCUCUCUAAAACUCAUGAACAUACAAGCGGAUUGAAAUUGAUUGAUGAGAGUUUUGGAAGAGAUUGUUUGAUCAUGACUACUCCUUCUGCUAAUACCAAUAACUUGAUCUCCGUUCUUUGUGAUGAGCUCAAGUUCCAAUUUGAGCUGGAAAAGCAAACCUUUUGUGAUCUUAAAGUUGUCAAUAACACAGAACACAAUGUUGCAUUUAAGGUGAAAACCACAUCCCCCAAGAAGUAUUUUGUACGACCAAACACAGGCGUUAUACAGCCUUGGGACUCAUGUGUCGUCAGAGUGACCCUCCAAGCGCAACGAGAAUAUCCUCCGGAUAUGAAAUGCAAAGAUAAAUUUCUCUUGCAGAGUACAAUAGUGCCUGCAAAUACUGAUGUGGAUGACCUUCCACAAGAUACCUUUACCAAGGAGAGUGGAAUGGCUUUAGAGGAGUGCAAGCUUAGAGUUGUUUAUGUCACAGCUCAAGGAAACUUGGACGACGAAACAACAAGGAGCUCUAUGUGCAGCCCCGAUGGCAGUUCUAAUCAGGCUAUACAUCACUUGAAGGAAGAAAGAGAUUCAGCUGUUAGGCAAACAAUGCAGCUUCAGCAAGAUCUGGACUUGAUUAGAAGGCGAAUAUACAGAAAAGCUGACCCCGGAUUCUCCUUUACGUUUGCAGUAAUUGUGGGACUCAUCGGAAUCAUGGUCGGCUUCCUUUUUAACCUUUUAUCGUCGCCACCAACUACACAAAAUUAAACUUAUGUUCAACUUCUUCAUAAGAACUUUUUUUUUAAAUAAUUGUUUUUAGUUUUUUGGGUUGAAUUAAUUUGUAUAAACCUUUUUAAUUUUCAGUUGGGAUGGGAUGUUUGAUCGUUUACCUUCUCUUCUCUGUAUAUUGAAACUCAUUGCAAAAUUUAUGUUAUGAAUCUCCUGGUUUAUAGAUUA